AAUUGCAAUUCAUCUGAUUUCUCUUCAUAACAUUCUGGAGUAUAUGCAAAUUGCCAUCAUACAAACUGAGGCAGCAGACUUAGUGAAAAUUAAUAUUUGUCAUUCUCAAAACUUUUGGCCACGACUGUACAUUGUGCUAAAAUGGUCUCUACUGGUGCAGCGGUCUAAGGAAUGGCAUCUCGGUACUAGAUGUGUCCCUACAGACCCUGGUUUGAACACGGGCUGUAUAACAACCGGCCAUGAUCGGGAGUACAAUAGGGCGGCGCGCAAUUGGUGCAGCGUCGUCCGGGUUAGAGGGGGGGGGGGGGGGGGGGGGGUUGUUGGCUGGGGUAGAUUGCCUAAGUAUUACUUUUUGGCCUAUAAGAGAUGGUGCCGGUGGGCAGCAAGUGAAUGAAAGCUGUAGUACAGAAUGUCAAAGCAGUGCACUACAUAGACCCAGAAUGAGAGAACUCCUUUAUGCACAGAGGCUUGCUUAUUCUGUGGAUCUGGAAUGGGCAGCCCAAGUUUUCUGGUGCUAGGGUCCUGGUAAUUUAUUUUCAGUUGAGGAAGGUUCCGCAUCGGCAAGCCGCACACAUAAGCUCUGGUCCCGCGUGUUAUUUUUUUUAUGCUGGGAAAGAAUGAAGAAAAGCACAGCGUUUAAUGUAAACCAAUCCAUUCGACUCUUAGCAAGCAUACUCUUUUAUUUUAUUAUUCAAUUAUUGCUAGUCAUAUUAUUUGGACUUGAUUUGUAUUAUUUAUUAUCUUCAGUUUAUCUGUAGGACACAUUCUCACAAUUUUUCUAAUUUAACUCUAAAUAAUUUGUCAUUGUUUUCUGAAAGUGUGAUCAUAUCGGAUAAACACAAAGUAUGACCACCUCCACUUUUCUCAUUUUGACCCGCAAACACGUGUUAAUGGAUCCUCUUCACAUUAUUUCGUCUGACAAGGGCCUCUGCAUCUCAACCUGUAUUACUAGAUUGACGACAACCUCACAGAGGUCCUGUCUAUGAAGGAGGAGCUCCAGCAAGCUGUCAUUAACAAGAAAUAUAACUUAACAUCAGGUGUAUGUAUGGAAGUGAACUGUAACAGAAUACUCUCCAUGAGUUAUGACAUUAUACUGUACUAACAGAUUUACCUAACUUUAAUGUUUCAUUUUACUGCAUUUAUUAAUGUUUCUAUUUAAUAUUUCAAUUGAGUUUGUUUCCUUAAAUCGAUUCGAUUUUGUUGCCAUCCUAGCUUUGUGCGAGUGUACAGUAAAAAGACCACUUCACAUCAGAUUGUCACAACCUUAUUUUUGUGUACUACCUGCAGUAACCUAAUAUACCCUGCAACUCAUUACAUAUUCUCCCAUUAAAUAUAAAUACAAUUUGCCUUUGUUUCUGUAGGUUCAAUAGGUGUUACACGAACAGAUUUCUCACUAGGCGGCGGUCAUGCACAUUGACAUUCCUCAGGACACUGACCGUUUUGUCCAGAGGCUUAUUCACUACGAUAAUUCUGUUGCAAAACGUUUUUCUAACGGAAGCAAACGGGGACAUAACUCAAUUUGUCCAAUGGAAACUCGUUUUCGUUAUACGUUUUCCGUUUGGAGUAAAGGAUUUAUGUUGCAAUUCAACCGACGUAAUGAAUGAUGUAGUAGGAGGCUAGAAAAACAACGUGUAAAUCACCAUAGACGGAGUCCACGUCAACUUAUCUGAAGAAGUGUGGUCGGUUACUUAAUGAGGGGAAAGAGAACAACAUAUACUUUGUUUAUCAUCCCGGACAGGAAUUUACUGGUAUUUCGGUCUUGGUGAAUUGUAUCAGCGCGCCUGGGUGAAUUGUUCCCUAUAAAUCUCAAAGUAGUGACUUUCUAGUGCGGAAACCUACUUUGGAGUCACUGCCCGAAGGGACAUGUAGCUCAGGGCUUCGACUGUUCAAAACUUCGGAAUUCGUAGAUUUGUGAAUAAGAGGCUCAAACUGUGAACCAGAUGUUGAAAAGAUGACCAUUUAUCUUUGGAUCAUACUCUUGGCACAAAGUAGUAGAGCAAUCCAUGGACUCCUGUUCACCAAGAACCCCACCAACCUCACAGUAACCCAGGGCAACACGGCUCGCCUGGGUUGUUGCGUCGAGGGCCUGAGUGAGCCGGAGAUCGUGUGGAUGAAGGAUGGGGAGAAGCUGUACAGCACAGACCAGAUGUACAUCCCCAUCGAGCAACACCACUGGGAGACCUUCCACAGUGUGAAGUCUGUCCAGCAACAGGAUGCAGGGAAGUACUGGUGUGAGGUAGAGUUCCAUGGCUUGACCAUCUCCUCUGAGCCCGCCUGGAUAACAGUCGAGGGUGUCCCCAACUUUAUACUUGAGCCCCAAGAUGUAGCCACGUUCCCUGGGGUGCCCUUUAACCUGACGUGUGCUGCUGUGGGCCCCCCGGACCCUGUGGAGGUGCUCUGGUGGCUGGGGGGAGUACAGAAGGGUGAUGCCACCUCCUCACCAUCUGUACUCCGUGUUAACGGUGUGAAUAACAGCAUCAAGUUCUACUGCGAAGCCAAGAAUGCCAGAGGUAUCUCAGUAUCGCGAACAGGCACUGUGCACAUUAAAGUCCUCCCAGCAGCCCCUAAAGGUGUGCAGGUGGUCCACAUGGUGGACAACAAUGUCACGCUGGCCUGGAGCCCAGGCUUCACUGGACACUCUGACCUGUCGGCCUGCACCAUCCAGAUGUCUAAGAACUCUGGGAGGAAGGUGGAACUUCUGGACCAGCGUGUAAAGGUUCCACCAUUCCAACAGAUCCUCAGUGGGCUGAGCUGCUACUCCAACUACAGUGUUAGAGUGUGCUGUGACAAUGAGGUUGGGACCUCCCUAUUCUCUGGCUGGCUAGACUUUCAGACACCAGAAGCAGUGCCCUCUGCUGCCCCCCGGAACCUGACAUUUGACCUAACGGAGCAGCAGCUGUCCAUUAACUGGGCGACCUUGGAGGACGAUGAGCUGCAGGGGAAACUGAUGGCCUACAAAGUCCAGUGGAACCUGGGAGGAGAAGGACAGGAGGCUCUGUUCUUUAAAGAGAAUGUGGCCCACCUGUCCGGUGGAGGUCGUUUCUUCAACGCCACCUUCCACGUGUCGGCGUGUACAGUGGCUGGUUGUGGGCCCUGGAGCCAGCCUGUACUGGUCAUGCCCGCCUCAGCAUUGGCAGCCCAGAUGCAGAGAGGCCAUAUGUGGGUGGGUCUUCUGUUGGGCCUGCUGGUGGCCACCAUGGUGGGGCUUCUCUUGACAGUCCUAGUGCACCGCAGAGGGAAGGAGACACAGUUUGGGUCUGUCUUCAAUCCCCCAGGGAAUGAGCGCUUGGUGUCCUUCACUGCAGCCAGGUCAUUCAACAGGACCUGCCCCGAGCUCCCAGAAUCCAGCUUGGACAGUUUGGGUAUCAAUAACGAUCUAAAGGCCAAACUGCAAGACGUCCUGAUCCCAGAAAGACUACUGACCCUCGGACACAUGUUGGGAAAAGGUGAGUUUGGCUCAGUGCGUGAGGCCUUCCUAAAGAUGGAGGACAGUACUGUACAGAAAGUUGCAGUGAAGGUGCUCAAAACGGAUAUCAACUCGUCAUGUGAUAUUGAACAGUGCCUGAAGGAGGCUUCUCAUAUGAAGGACUUCGAUCAUCCUAAUGUCAUCCAGCUCAUUGGAGUGAGUUUGCACAGUCGGCCUCAGCAACGGUUGCCCAUCCCCAUGGUUAUCCUGCCAUUCAUGAAGCACGGGGACCUUCACACAUUUCUGCUCUUGUCCCGCCUUGGAGACGAGCCCUUUACCGUGUCACUGCAGAUGCUCAUACAGUUCAUGUUGGACAUCGCUCGUGGAAUGGCGUACCUGAGCAACAAAAGCAUCAUACACAGAGAUCUGGCUGCGCGCAACUGCAUGCUUAGUGAAAACCUGACAGUCUGCGUGGCAGACUUUGGGCUGUCAAAGAAAAUCUACAGUGGCGACUACUACAGACAAGGAUCUGUCUCAAAGCUGCCUGUCAAGUGGAUAGCACUGGAGAGCCUUGCUGACAAUGUCUACACUACUCAGAGUGAUGUGUGGGCGUUUGGAGUCACCAUGUGGGAGAUCAUGGCACGGGGACAGACCCCUUAUCCCGGGGUGGAGAACUCCGAAAUCUAUGAGUACCUCAUCAAGGGAGAGCGGCUCAAACAGCCACCUGACUGCCGAGACAACAUUUAUGAGAUCAUGCAUAGCUGCUGGAGCCCUGUUCCCAAGUGCCGCCCCAGUUUCCUGCACCUGAUUGACCAGCUGGAGGGGCUGUGGGCCAGCCUAUCCCCUGGGCCUAGCUGCAUUAAGGAGGCCCUUCUCUACGUUAACCUGGAGAAUGACAAGGGGGAGCAGGGGGCAGGGGCACUGGGCCCAAGGAAGGACCCCUUCUGGUCAGGAAUGCCCUGGCAGUGUGUGGGGAUGGAGGAGGAUGAGAAAGACUGGCUCGUGGUGUCUUCUGGGGCAGCUCUGGCUGUCGGUGGAGACUACCGCUACAUCAUCGGUCCUACCUGUCAUGGCACUGAAGAGGACGGUGGGAGGCAGGGGGACUCGAUGGAUACCUUGCAGCCAGACGUUAGGGAUGAGGAAUAUGAAGAUGCGUUCAUUAAUGUGUGAUUUUAUAUUUCCACCACCAUGCUGCCUCCCCUGCCCUCCUUAACUGACCUUGUGUACAGAUCUCACAGACUGGCAAGUUGGUUGUGGAGGGUUGGUCACUCACUACUGUCCUCCAGUGACGUUUCUGAAAACGAAUGGAUGCUCACCAGCAUGACCUAAUGGAGCAGAAUUGGAUUGAAGUUCAUAUCUCAAUGAACUUUUCUACCCAUUUUAUUUCCAGUUAUUCUGUCCUUUGUGUACAUUAUACUAUGACUUCACACCAAUACAUACACAAUCAGCCUUACUAUUACAAUGACAAAAAGCGCAGUAUAUUUUCGAUCUUGAGUGAUACACAGUUAACUUUUCAAUGGAAAACUCACUGACUGAGGCAUUAUUUAGUCUGUAUAUGUACCUUUUGAUGUUUUAGGGAAUGAAUUUAUUAACAAAUGCUGCCUACUAUAGGUAUUGAACAUUGGCGUUUGCUGCUUUGUGAACUUACUCCCUUUCAUACCCUAAACUCAAUAUAAUAAGCAGCUCCAGUCCAAAAGCCUCUAUUACACUUGUUCUUAUUUAACCUUAACGUUUUAAUGGACCACAACUGAAAUAAUCCUUUAAAGCAGUGGUCACCAAUCUGAGUUGAGAUCACUGAGUCCAAAAGCAAGACAAUCGCUACCGCUCAGAUGUAUUGUUUUACGUAACCUUACAUAACAUUAACCAGUUUAAAAACAGUAGUAUAGCAAUGAGGUCUGUGCAGUAGGCUAUAGGCAUAUUGUAUUUGCUUCAAUUGCCCUGACAAUGUUCACCAUUUUUUUUUCUGAAUUACAGUUAAUGUAAGGAAAUCAGUCAAUGGGAAAAAUUAAUUAUGCCCUAAUCUCUGAUUUCACAUGACUGGGCAGGCUCGCAGCCAUGGAUGGGCCUGGGAAGGCAUAGGCCCACCCAUUGGGGAGCCAGGCCCAGUCAAUCAGAAUGAGUUUUUCCCCAGAAAAGGGUUUUAUUAGACAGAAAUAUCCUCAGUUUCAUCUGCUGUCCAGGUAGCUGGUCUCAGAUGAAGAAGCUGGAAGUGGAGGUCCUGGGCUGGUGUGGUUACAUGUGAUCUGCAGUUGUGAGGCCUGGCAACAUUCCUGCAAUCAGAAUGCCACUUUCACACUCCCUCAAAACUGGCAUUGUGUGACAACUGCAGCACAAGGUGCACUUGUGUAAUGAUCAUGCUGUUUAAUCAGUUUCUUGAUAUGCCACACCUGUCAGUUGGAUGGAUUAUCUUGGCUUAAAGAGAAAUGCUCAAUAACCAGGAUGUAAACAAAUGUGUGCACAAAAUUUGAGAGAAGCUUUGUGCAUAUGGGACAUUGCUGGGAUCUUUUUUUCAGCUCAUGAAACAUGGGACAAACAAUUUACAUGUAGAGUUUUUCAUUUUUGUUCAGUUUAUAUUUCAAAAUGUGAGGUAGGCUAUAUGAUCACACCAGCAAUUGAUCAGUUGUAUUACUUGUAAGGCACAGCUGAGUGAGCAUAUAUUUGAAAUAAUAAAAAAUAAAUCUGG